AUGCCGGGGGACCAGGCGGCCAGGCGGCCUUCGCUGCCAUCGCCAUCGCCGCUGCUGCUGCUUCUGGUGCUGCUGCUUUCGCGAGCCGCGGCGCUGAACCCUGGAGAGCUCUUCCCCUAUGGGGAAUCGUGGGGAGACCAGCUCCUGCAGGAAGGCGACGACGAAAGCUCAGCCGCGGUGAAACUGGAGAUUCCCCUGCGCUUUUACGAUGUCCAGUUCAACAACCUCUAUGUGGGCACAAACGGCAUCAUCUCCACCCAGGACUUCCCCAGGGAGACCCAAUAUGUGGACGAUGAUUUCCCCACAGACUUCCCCGCCAUCGCCCCCUUCCUGGCUGAUAUCGACACGAGUCGCGGAAGGGGCCGGAUCCUGUACCGCCAGGACACCUCCCCGGCAGUGCUGGGCCUGGCAACCCGUUAUGUGCGCACAGGCUUCCCGAGCUCAGCUGCCAGCUUCACUCCCACCCACGCCUUCGUGGCCACCUGGGAGCAGGUGGGAGCUUAUGAGGAGGUCAAGCGUGGGGUUCCGCCCUCUGAGGAGCUGAACACUUUCCAGGUGGUUUUGGCAUCUGAUGACUCCGAUUCCUACGCCCUCUUUCUUUAUCCGGCCAACGGUCUUCAGUUCUUCGGAACCCGCCCCAAAGAGUCCUACAACGUCCAGCUCCAGCUUCCAGCCCGGGUGGGCUUUUGCCGAGGCGAGGCUGAUGACCUGAAGCGAGAAGGUUUAUAUUUCAGCUUGACCAGCACUGAACAGUCUGUGAAAAAUCUCUACCAACUAAGCAACCUGGGGAUUCCUGGAGUGUGGGCUUUUCAUAUCAGUAGCAGGUCCCCUCUGGACAACAUCAGACCUGCAGCGGUUGGAGACCUUUCCACAUUCCACUCUUCAGCUUCCCUGGAACAUUCCUUCAGCCAUGCUGCAGCUCUAGAAAGCGACUAUACUGAGGACAAUUUGGAUUAUUAUGAUGAGAAUGAGGAGGAGGUUGAAUACCCUCCAAGUGAACCAGAGGAGGCAUUGAAUGGCCACAGCAGAACUGAUGUGUCCCUCCACUCGAAAACUGAUCCAGGUCCUUUAGGAGAAUCUGCUACCUUAGACCCUCAAACUCAAAACGGAGCAUCCCAGGGGGAGGUAGGCACCCCAGAUUUGGAAGAUCGAGUGGAAACUUUGGACCAGACAGACACCAGAAGCCCAAGUCCACCCGAGGUAGAUGGAGAGUCACUGGCUCCUCCCAGGGAAGGCCCACCACCUUAUCCUGGAAAUAGAGGCAUCCAGCCCUACCCAGAUGGAGGGGCCAUUCCUUCAAAACCCCACAUUCCUGCCGCCCAUCCUGAAGGAGAAGGCGAAGUUGUUCUUCCUAAUUACUCUGUGCCAGGUCACCCUUCACCCCCAAAUCGAGGGAGGUACACGGUAGGAGCAGGGGACGACAUCAGUUCCAGCACUGAGGUCUUUACAUAUAAUUCUGCCAAUAAGGAAACCUGUGAACACAACCAUGGGCGGUGCUCCCAGCAUGCCUUCUGCACGGAUUAUGCCACUGGCUUUUGCUGCCACUGCCAGUCCGGGUUUUAUGGAAAUGGGAAGCACUGUCUUCCGGAAGGGGCACCUCAUCGAGUCAACGGGAAGGUGAGUGGCCACCUCCACGUGGGCCAAACACCUGUGCACUUCACUGACGUGGACCUGCAUGCUUACAUUGUGGGCAAUGACGGCAGAGCCUACACAGCCAUCAGCCACAUCCCACAGCCCGCAGCCCAGGCCCUUCUCCCCCUCACACCAAUCGGAGGCCUCUUUGGCUGGCUCUUUGCCUUGGAAAAACCAGGCUCUGAGAAUGGCUUCAGCCUCACAGGUGCUACCUUUAUCCAUGACACAGAAGUUACUUUCUACCCAGGAGAGGAAAGGGUUCGAAUCACUCAAACUGCUGAGGGACUGGACACGGAGAAUUAUCUGAGCAUCAAGACCCACAUCCAAGGACAGGUGCCCUAUGUCCCAGCAAACUUCACAGCCCAUAUUACUCCCUACAAAGAGAUUUACCAUUACUCAGAGUCAGCUAUGACCUCCACAAGUUCCAGAGACUACUCUCUCACUUACGGUGCAAUCAACCAAACGGGGUCUUACCGUGUCCACCAGAACCUCACUUACCAGGUGUGCAGGCACGCCCCCAGACACCAGGCCACCCCCACCACCCAGCAGCUGACUGUGGACCGGGUUUUUGCUUUGUACAGUGAAGACGAAGGAGUGCUUAGAUUUGCUGUGACCAAUCAGAUUGGCCCUGUGGAAGCAGACUCCGAUCCUGCCCCAGUGAACCCUUGCCAUGACGGGAGCCACGCCUGUGACACAGCAGCACGGUGCCAUCCAGGGACAGGUGUAGACUACACCUGUGAGUGUGCGCCUGGGUACCAGGGAGAUGGCCGGAGCUGUGUGGAUGUAAAUGAAUGUGCAACUGGCUUCCAUCGCUGUGGCCCCAACUCAGUGUGUAUCAAUUUGCCAGGAAGCUACAGGUGCGAAUGUCGCAGUGGCUAUGAGUUUGCAGAUGACCAGCACACUUGCAUCCUGAUUGCUCCUCCUCCCAACCCUUGCGAGGAUGGUAGUCACACCUGUGCUCCUGCUGGGCAGGCACGAUGCAUUCACCAUGGAGGCCGCACAUUCAGCUGCACCUGUCUACCAGGUUAUGCUGGCAAUGGGCAUCAGUGUUCCGAUGUUGAUGAAUGUACAGAGAACAGAUGUCACCCUGCAGCUACUUGCUACAAUACCCCUGGCUCCUUCUCCUGCCGUUGCCAACCUGGAUAUCAGGGGGAUGGAUUUCAGUGCACACCUGACUCCACCUCUGGACUGAAGCCCUGCGAACACCAGCAGCGCUAUGCCCAGGCACAGCAUGCCUACCCUGGGUCCCGGCUCCACAUCCCCCAGUGUGACGAGCAGGGCAACUUCCUGCCCCUGCAGUGUCAUGGCAGCACUGGCUUCUGCUGGUGUGUGGAUCCUAAUGGCCGCGAAGUCCCUGGCACCCAGACUCCGCCUGGCUCCACCCCACCUCAUUGUGGGCCACCACCAGAGCCCACCCAGAGGCCUCGCACCAUCUGUGAGCGCUGGAGGGAAAACCUUCUGGAGCAUUAUGGCGGCACGCCCAGAGAUGACCAGUAUGUGCCCCAGUGCGAUGACCUAGGCCACUUCACCGCCCUGCAGUGCCACGGGAAGAGCGACUUCUGCUGGUGUGUGGACAAAGAUGGCAGAGAGGUGCAGGGGACUCGCUCACAACCAGGCAUCAUCCCUGCAUGUAUACCCACGGUUGCUCCACCCACCGUCCGGCCCACGCCACGGCCUGAUGUGACCCCGCCAUCAGUGGGCACUUUCCUGCUCUAUGCCCAGGGCCAGCAGAUCGGCCACUUGCCCCUCAAUGGCACCAGUCUUCAAAAGGACACCGCAAAGACCCUACUGUCACUGCAUGGCUCCAUAGUUGUGGGAAUUGACUACGACUGCCGGGAAAGGAUGGUGUACUGGACAGAUGUUGCUGGACGGACAAUCAGCCGGGCCAGCCUGGAACCAGGAGCAGAGCCCGAGACUAUCAUUAAUUCAGGUUUGAUAAGCCCUGAAGGACUUGCCAUCGACCACUUCCGAAGAACAAUGUACUGGACAGACAGUGGCCUUGAUAAGAUAGAGAGGGCCAACCUGGAUGGCUCCGAGCGCAAGGUCCUCUUCCAUACAGAUCUGGUGAACCCCCGUGCCAUUGCUGUGGAUCCAAUCAGAGGCAACUUGUACUGGACAGACUGGAAUAGAGAAGCACCUAAAAUUGAAACAUCUUCUUUAGAUGGAGAAAACAGAAGAAUUCUGGUCAAUAAAGACAUUGGAUUACCCAAUGGUUUAACUUUUGACCCCUUCUCCAAACUGCUCUGCUGGGCAGAUGCAGGAACCAAAAAACUGGAAUGUACACUACCUGAUGGAACUGGACGGCGUAUUGUCCAAAACAACCUCAACUACCCCUUCAGCAUUGUUAGCUAUGCAGAUCACUUCUACCACACAGAUUGGAGGAGGGAUGGUGUUAUAUCAGUAAAUAAAGACAGUGGCCAGUUUAUUGAUGAGUAUCUCCCAGAGCAGCGAUCUCACCUCUAUGGGAUCACUGCAGUCUACCCCUACUGCCCAACAGGUAAAUGA